UCGUUGAAAUAAAACAGUUAUUGUCACGAGAUGUUAAUAUGCUCCUUUUUACUCUAUGGUGUAUUCGUAGAUAAUUGUUAUGAUGGGAUGUGAACUUGAUUGGGACCCUGGACAGGUUGAUUGGACUCGUUCUGUAAAUUAAUUUUGUGGAAUUAAGGUCUUAUGGAGGACUGCAUUAUCGGAAAGCUUAUGCAGCAUUGAGGAGGCAUACAUUUGUCUUGUCAGUUCAAGUCCACAUAAGAUCAACUCCACCCAGACAAGAUGCAGCAGCCAGUUGGUCCAGUGGAUUCAGUUCGUCCAUACAAACUAGCCCACCAGAUUCUUAGCUUGACAGGCAUCAACCUGCAGAGGCAGAGCAUCAUUGGCUUUGUGGAGCUGACAAUAGCACUCCAGACAGACUACUUGCGCCAGGUCAAGCUCAACUGCAAGCAGUGCCGAGUCUAUCGCGUCACCCUGAAUGAUGACUUGGAGACCAGCUUCAGUUAUUGUGAUCCCACACAGGACAUCAUGCAGGGCAGCUCCAACCGCGACCUCGAGUCGUUCGCCGAGGCGCACCAAGCGGCCGUCAACUCGACCGACCCCGAGUACGGCCGCGGCGAGCUGGUGGUCGACAUCCCGGUGGAGGCGCAGGACCUGGUGCAGGACGGCCAGAUGCUGCGCAUCGGCGUCGAGUUUAGCCUCGAGACGCCUACGGCCGGCGUACACUUCGUGCUGCCGGAGGGCGAGGGCACGUUGGCCGAACGCGGCGCACACAUGUUCACCUACGGCUUCGAGAACUCGUCGCGGCUGUGGUUCCCGUGCAUCGACAGCUUCUGCGACCUGUGCACGUGGAAGCUGGAGCUGACGGUGGACGAGAGCAUGACGGCCGUGUCGUGCGGCGACCUGAUCGAGACGGUGUACACGCCGGACAUGCGCCGUCGCACCUUCCACUACCAUCUGGCGCUGCCCACCGCCGCGCCCAACAUCGCGCUCGCAAAGAAGAAGAAGAAGGACAAGAAGAAACACAAGAAGCACAAGCACAAGCACGACCGGCCGGAGCGCUACGACAAGGAGAAGCUGGACAAGCUGCGGCUGAAGGAGGACAACCUCAGCUCGCCGGGCAGCUCCGGUCCCGACACGCCCACGCCUACGCCCAACAUGGACAUCAGCUUCUGA